AGUUCGCUGUGCUGAGAAAUAUGAACGAUUGUGCUGGAAGAGACCUAUUUAUAGUAGCUUUGGGUAUCCAGUUUGGGCUUUCUGAUUGGGUGAAAGUGAAGUAACGCAAUAACCAAUGGAACGGAAGAAUUUCAGUGUCGUUAACAUUCGCAUUUGUGACGACACACUAGAAUUAAUCCAAUCGUAGAGGAAAACUUAUUAACCUCAUUUGAAUACCGCAUCUAUAAAUGCAUGUAACCUAGUGGGGGGUGAUUGUUUUCCCAGGUAUUUGCAUCAGCCUUCUGGUUUUUGCCUUUUGAACGCUGUAAUGCCUGAGCCCACGAAGUCCGCUCCUGCCCCGAAGAAGGGCUCCAAGAAGGCGGUGACCAAGGCGCAGAAGAAGGACGGCAAGAAGCGCAAGCGCAGCCGCAAGGAGAGCUACUCGGUCUACGUGUACAAGGUGCUCAAGCAGGUGCACCCCGACACUGGCAUCUCGUCCAAGGCCAUGGGCAUCAUGAACUCGUUUGUGAACGACAUCUUCGAGCGCAUCGCGGGCGAGGCCUCGCGCCUGGCGCACUACAACAAGCGCUCGACCAUCACGUCCCGGGAGAUCCAGACGGCGGUGCGCCUGCUGCUGCCCGGGGAGCUGGCCAAGCACGCCGUGUCGGAGGGCACCAAGGCGGUCACCAAGUACACCAGCUCCAAGUGAACUUGCCAAUCAGGGGAGACAUAAGAAUGCACAGAAGAAACGAAUGCAUAAAGUAACCGAAAACAUGAAUCUGUCCAUAGAAGAUAUGAAGUAUGAAAAGUUUGAUCUGAUUGAGAAUAACUGACUUCUGUGUAUACUCCACCCAGAUCCAACCCAUCCUGGUUUAGCACUCAAUAAAUCAUCAAAAGGAGAUCAUUUCCUAAGCGGAAGAGACUAACCAAGACGUUUUAGAUUCUCAUUUUACUUUUUCGUUUGAUUUCUAAAAACAAUUUACUUCUGUUACACACUCAGUUAUUAGUAAUUCACCAUCAUGGACUAUAUUUGCUGGAAGUCAGAGGAUGACAGAUAGUCUGUAAAACAAACAAGAAAACCUGUACAGAAUAGGAAUUCUGCAUUUGCUCAUUCAAAUAUUUCUCCAAAAAUCUCCUUUCUACACAUCUAUCUAGCUAUCAUCCAUCUUCCAGCACCAAGAUAGUAGUAGGCCUUAGGCACUGUUUUGGCUUUGGUGAUGACUCUGAAGGUAAACAGCUCAGUUUCCCUAAGCUGCCACUAGAGAGCUCACAUCUGUAUCUGAUAGGAACAAUACUUUAAAGCAGUGUAAAACGUGAAUGUUUACCAAAAUAACCUGAAAAAUCUAAAAACACACUGCGGGGCGCCACCACGCUCCUAAUUGUCAGUUCUGAAGUUACACUUGAAAGUACUUCUAAAUUAUCCAGGUGACACUGCUGCUGCUAGUCCGGGGACCACACAUGGAUAACUUUGUUUUAAAGGUCACGGAACUACCCUGAACCGCUACCACCAAACAGUCCUACAAACUCCCAAAUUCUCAGUUUUGAACUAGCGAGGAGAGAUCCGGAAAAACCCAAGAGGCUGUCCUCUGGCCGCAGCCAUGCAGUGGGCAGCAAAACGCAGGCCCGCCUCUCCUUCCAAGCUGGAUCAGUCCUAUCCUACAGCCGGCUCACCACGGCCCCCACGCGGGUUCGCCACACCCCCCCACGCCGGUUCCGUUUUACGGCCGGCUAGCCACGCCCCCCACGCCGGUUCCGUCUUACGGCCGGCUCGCCACGCCCCCCACGCCGGUUCCGUUUUACGGCCGGCUCGCCACGCCCCUCACGUCCCGACGACAGAUCGCCGUUACGCUCGCGCGUCAUCACGCAGCCUCGUUGCCCUUGCUCCCUCUCGCUUUAGUCUACUGGUUGUGGGCAGAGGCUCCGGUCUUCAGCUAAGUUUCCAGCGAGUCUGGACCCUCCGUCGUCGGGAUUGGCAGAUAAAACCUCACGGAGACGUCUGAAGAUCGAGGAGUAUGGCUAAGCCGCUCCUCUCCGCGGCUGAGACUGCGAGGACCCCUUGCCGGCCGCAGCCCCCUGCGGGUUUCCCCCGGUGAAUAGCCGUGCGCUUCUGACACUUAGGACAUCGCUAAGCAAAGCGGACACAGUGCCUGGGGCCCACAGUACUUUUAGGAGCUCACGAAAACAUUGAUUUCUUUUAAAAUCAGAACAACAGUAACAUCUUAGGUAGAAGAAAACAUUCGAAUAUAUAACAUUCAAAUAUAAUCCUCUUUUUAGAUAAAAUUGUUAUUUUAAUAGAAGGGGCCCAGGAAGGCGAAAGUGCCCAGGGCCCGAGAAUAUAAUGCAGCUGCGGAUGUACAGAGCAGACAACUCUUCCAAAUUGCUUUUGUUUGUAUACUUUUUUAAACUAACACUUAGACACAGUUCAGUUGCUUUCCAUGUGUUUCUCACAACACACAUGUGCACUGCUAUCCCAGUUUUACUCACGAGUAUACCAAGUGAAGCUUAAAAUAACUUGCCAAUGUCCUACAGUUAAAUGACAGGACAAUCUGACCCAGUCAGGUUGUCACCAGAGGUGUCAAUUUUUGACCAUUGAAAACAGGCAUUAUCUCAUAUCUACAGUAUUAAUUUAUCAACAGGAAAAAAAAAAAAAACUACUCGCAAGACACUGAGAUUUCCAGUUUUCUCUCUGCCUCUCCUUCCCUCAGUAGUAGUGUGGCACAGGUGUUCCUUUCUCCAUAUAACAGGUACACACACACCACUCGUCUAUCCCUUCAUCUUAAGGAAUGCUUGUCUUCUAGCUCAUCGGCACACCAUAUACGUGAAAGAAACCCUCCUUUUCCACACUGACGGUACUCACCUACUUGAGGAAUCAACCAGAUAACCUUAGUUGCUAACUGUGUAACUUAAGCUUAGGAUAUUUUAACAUUCAUACCCCUAGCAUAUUUCCAAAUAUGCAGAAACCAAGACUCAACUAUGUAUACACAAUUAGAAAAUGUCAGUAAAAAGGCUUCCAGAAAACAAACAAACAAAAAAGAAAUGCCUGACUGUUCUUUCUAUAUCUGGACCAAGGCCAUAUGGUUUAAUUACCAUAAGUAUAUAUGUGUUCACAUGAACUAAGAACUGCCACUCUUUCUUCCUUUUUUGCCAAAUGCUUUAUCAAAUAUCCCAUAGAGUAUUUUGACAUAACACGCAAUGUUUAGAUUAUUUUAGAGUGUAUGAACAUGUUAGCAGUUGAUUUCUCACAAAACAUAAACAUAGUUAAGUAUAUCUGUUCCUUUAAGUAGAUUCCUUGGGACCCUUCAGUAAACUUUAAUUUACAUA